GCUUGAGGGUAGUUUUAACCUUUACCAACACUUGAUCGAUUAGAAGAAGAAUUAAUAAGAAAACAAGAGUGGCAGUGGUUUAUUUUUGUGUUGGAGAACAGAAUUGUUUAUUUUGUGUUAGAAAACAGCAGAUAGUUGGAGUUUCAGUUUCAGUUUCAGUUCCAGUUCCAGUUCCAGUUUUUUUAUUUUGAAAUAAAUAAUGGAAAUCAGUACCUCAAAGGAAAAAAUGAUGAUGUUUGAGGAGAAGGAUUUGAUGGCAUGCUGCGGGAGCACUAAAUUUGCUAAAGAAAUGACAUUAGCCUCCCCUUUUACUUCCCCCGAACAAGCCGUAGCCGCCGCCACAAAUAUCUGGUUCAACAAGGUAGCCGGAGUCGGAUUAGACAAACCAUCUCCAUUGUGCCAGAAAUUGUUGGACUUGCACAAGUAAUCGAAGUCGGAUCAGACAGACCAUCUCCUUUGUGUUGGAAGUCUUCUGACUUGCACAAAAUCCAAGUCCUUAGAGCUGCAGUAGUCAGUAGGUGUCAGUGUUAAAUUAAAGACGUAAUUUCAAACUGUAUUUUGUAUAAUAAACUCUGAUAU